AUGAGAGCCAUUGAAGUUUGGGAACCUGUAGGAUUCAGUCCACAACUAGGUCUUGUGAACGGGAAACCACGUGAACUGUUAAAAAGUACUCUUCGUCCUGUGGAACACGACAUGCACCUGAUCCACAUUGACAACCAGCAAACAAAUCUCCCGAGCACACGGGCAAACUUGUUUUCUCCUGUCCAAUCUCAGUUGAGCCGGGGCCCGGUGCCAUCGAUGAUGAUGGGACCUAUUCCCAUCCAAUCGGUACCGCCCAGCACCAAUCCCUUGUACGGCAAUCAGUUUGGCAAUGGUCUAUUCCCGUCCAAUCCAUUUCAAUGGUCUAUGGGUGGUCUCGGAUCUGGAUCACCCACAUCCCAACUAACUCUUCCGCCACUUCCGCCCAUCGGUGCAAUUUCCUCUGCUUCCUCCACUCCCUCGACUGGACUCGAAUUCGCACCGGUAUCCAUGACUUCCGCCAAUAGGACCACAUCUCAGCGAAGCGAUCCGACAAAUUUGCUGAAUGGUUUAUCAAAUGGUAACAAACUGCCGGACGAUGUGAAACCGGACACAUUGGUGAAAGAGUUACUGGUUUGGUCUCAAACUAUGUCUCAGCUUCAGCAAACUCAAAAAUCCCAGGGCACAGCUGAAAAUCAUCCAAUUCAUUGCAUGACACAAUCAAAAAGCACGGAACUUAUGGAAGGAGUGGUCGUCGCUUCACCGGUUGACGAAUUCAGCCAGUCCGAUUGUUAUGACGGAGGAUCGGGUGGCGAUCCGAACUCGGUGAAAUCGUCCACCAAUCCGAUAAGAAAAUACGGCUCGUUUGAAGAAUGCAGUUCGAUUAAAUGUCAAUCGGCCGGGAUGCGUGAACACUAUCACUGCCAGAGUUGUGAAAAGAUUAUCGUUCGUCGUGAGGAGAUGAUCCGACACGCCAAAUGGCAUCGUAAACGGGAAGAGAGUUUACAAUACGGAUUCAUGCGUUACAGUCCCGGGGACAAUUGUGCCGUAACCGGCUGUGCGCACAACGGACGUCAGACGCACUAUCAUUGUCUUCAGCCGAACUGUACCAAGCUCGCUCGUAUGCGAGCGCCCAGACCUCUCCCACCCCCGCCUUUCAUCAGCGUUGCGAAUUGCCCCGGUUGGAAAGUUGGGGUGUCAGAGGUCACGACGCACGAUGGAUGCACGUCUGUUACGGAACGUCUGUUUCUUCAAUGUGAUGAUGAUGAUGAUGAUGAUGACAAGACUAAACCCGGUGUGUACGACCGUGGUACGAGCGCAGUGGAUCAGAAAUAA